UCAUGCUGAGUAACCCCCGGUUCGUUGGCAUCCUGCAUCCCCACCAAGAAGUAGCGCGGGAGCUCCAAGCCCUCCUCCAGCUGCUGCACAGCCCAGACAUGCCGUUAGUGAUGGCAAACCCGAGAGCCACCAAGGCUCUGUUCCAGAUUCAGCAGGGUUUCCAGACCCUGGGGCUGGAAGUGCUGAGGUUCGCCCGAGGCAGCGCUCCUGGCUCAGGGGCAGCGGGACGCCCGGCAGAUGGCGGAUCAGUAACCGGGACUGGUUCUGAGCCAUGUGAGAAUGCAAGCCCAGCCCCAGGAUCAGCCGAGUCGGGGUGCCAGCCCUGUAACGUUGAGCAAAUCACCCAGGGUCUUGCUCAAGCAAGGCCCCCGCGUCCCCAGACUCCAGAAACCCAAUUCCAGCAGCAGCUGGAGCAGCUCUACGUAAUGGGUUUCCUGAAGCAUGAAGCCAACGCACAAGCUCUGAGAGCAGCUGGAGGACAUGUCAACACUGCGAUUGACAAAGUUCUGGGGUAGUGGGGUCCCCCAGGGGUCUGUAUUGGGAGCACUAGUAUUCAACAGAUUCAUAAAUGAUCUGGGAAGAAGGGUAAAAUAGUGAUAUGGCAAAGUUUGAAGAUGAUACAAAAUUACUCAAGAUAGUUAAGUCCAAAGCUGACUAUGAAGACUUACAAAGGGAUUUCUCAAAACUGGGUGACUGGGCAACACAAUGGCAGAUGAAAUUCAUUGUUGAUAAACAUCCCCUCAAUGUGCGGCGACAGUCAAAAAAGAGAACAGAAUGUUGGGAACCAUCAGGAAAGGGAUAAAUAUCAGACAGAAAAUAUCAUAUUGCCUCUCUAUAGAUCCUGGCACACUCACACCUUGAAUGCUGCCUGCAGUUCCGGUCGCCUCCUCUCAAAAAAGAUAUAUAAGAAUUGUAAAAGGUACAAAGAAGGGCAACAAAACUGAUGAGGGGUAUGAAACAGCUUCCGUAUUAGGAGAGACUAAAAGGACUGGGACUUUUCAGCCUAGA